AUGGUCUUUGCAUUCACCCUCCCAACAACCUCGCCUCUCUCAUUUCAAUCUUUCAUCUCUUCCCUAACUCACCCCUCUCUCCCCCAGUCGGCGUCAACAUCCCGCCAUGCCCUUCGCCUUGCGCUGAAAGCCCAUAAGCGCCUACCCCGCGGCCCGCGUCAGGAUGCCCAUCUCCCAACAGUCCUAUCCGCACUGAACGAUUACCUCCCAUACCUAUUUGCCAUUUCCAACGGAUUAAACGGGAGAAUAGUUCACCCAGAUACACAACCAUUUAUUGCCCAAGAUAGGACCUACGCGCCUGGCACGGGGGAAGAGAUCGACAUUACACCCCACGCCGAGAUCGAGUCCGCAUGGAGACCUACAUUAUCAUCUUCGAGUGCCCUGAAUAUCGGAGCAGGUAGCAAUAAUACAAAUGGGAAAGGACUGCGCAUGCGUAAUGGCAGGGUCGCUGGCCGAGGCAUCCAGUUCGAAAUAGCAUUUACGCUCACAACACUGGGAUACGUGUUGAGCAGGAUGGCGCGGGCAGGAGUUGUGGCCGCAUUGUAUGCGUCUUCGACUCCGACGGCGGAAGGUCGCACCGCUGCCGUACAAACAGCGACGCGUUAUCUACUGCAGGCUAGCGCGGUACAUAACUUCCUCGCGUCAUCCCCGGCCUCCGCUACGGCGGUGCCAGAUGUGGAUGCCGGAACACAGGCGGCGCUCUCGUCGCUUGCGCUCGCUGAGGCUACUCUGCUAGCGGUUCUUAAGGAUGAUGCUUAUAUCGCUGCGUGUAUCCAGUCGCGCAAUCCGAAUGAUAAAGAGUGGAUGGUUCACGCGCCUGAGAUUCCAAAGGUGCGCGCUUUGCUUUUUGCUCGGCUUUGCGUUCGUGCCGCCGAGUAUUCUGACCAGGCUGCUGCUGGACUUGGGGCUGUUGGGUCUGCAUCAGGGCGCACAGGGCGUGUUGAUGAGGAUGUCGUUCGCUACACUUCAGUCUUAGGUCGUGUUGCUCGUGCUCGUGCCUGUCGGUUCUUUGGCGUAGAAGCUGAACUGACAGGCAAGGUCGGCGAGGGUAUUGCCUGGCUGAGAGCUGCGCGGACGUCGCUUGGAAUUCGAGGUGCUGCGUCUUCGCAAGAGGAAGCCUCUUCCUCUGGGGCCUCGAAGGGUGGGCUAUCCCGCUUAAAGCGCGAAUGGACGGAGAGGCGUGAAGAGCGCCGAGUAGCCAAAGAUGCCGGUGGUAGUCGGAACGAGAAGGGCGCUUUGGAGUCGGGUGAUGAUGCGGGUCGGGACGAGGAGGGACGAGUGAUUGCGAUGCUAGAAACAAAAUGGGUGAAAAUGAACGACACAAUGAACACACAAAUCGUUCCAUCAUCUACUCCAUUGCUCUCUAACCUGCCAUCAGGUCGAGACAUUCACUCUCCCCCGGCACCAUACCAACCUUCUUCCUUAGAGGAGGACCAGUUGAUUCGUAUGCGUGCUCCGCCAGAGGAGAGAGACGACCUGCAAUUUGGAAGCGAUGAGGACAGUGACGAAGAUGCAGCCCAGCCGUCCGAUGGCCGAGGUCCUCCGGGAGGAUUCCCAGACCGCAGUGCCACUGCCUCUAGCAUUUACUAUUGA